UCGGUGUUUUGUAUCGGAGUCGGCUACGGGCCAUGUGUUGCUGAGAGGAAGUUUGUUUUUGUGUAUGCUUGCGUUAUUGUUGUGGACAGGAACAAUAGUUUAUCUGAUUUACCCCAUCUUUUUCCCUCACAAUGGAUCCAGACCAGUCUGACGAUGGCUUUGAUUUUGAGGAAGAAACCGAACCGUGUACAAGACUUACAGACGGCAUAAAUAUCCAAGAACUGAUAAGUAACUCCUCUGCAACAUUUGAGGUAAACACGAGUAGUGAAGCUGCACUUGAAGAGAGUUAUGGAAGUUACUUCAGUGAAAAAGAUGUACUGGACUACGUCAAUUUAGACUGUGUUGAUGCCGGUUCAGAUGAUGAAACAAUAGGGCAAGGAGCUCCGGAGAAUACGCCAUUUGAAAGAAUUGCUACCAAAAUGAAGAACAUUACAGAAGAUGGAAAAGUUAAGAAAAGAGUUAUUAAGCCAGGUAAUGGGCCAAUGGUAGAAAAAGACUCUGUUGUAAUGAUAAAUUACAAUGCUUAUGUAGAAUACAGUGAAGAGCCCUAUGACUCUUCAUAUUUGCGAGGGCGCCCAGUAAGACAAAAAAUGAAUGAAGGAAACUUCAUAGCAGGUUUAGAGGUUGGAAUAAGCACUAUGAAGAAGGGUGAAGUGGCACAGUUCUUAAUUCAUCCAGAUUAUGGAUAUGGCAAGCUAGGAUGUCCUCCACGAAUACCACCAGAGGCUGAGCUUCUAAUACAAGUUGAGUUACUGCGUAUCACAGAUCCAAGUUCACUUGAAACAGUUGUUCAGAGUGAAGGAAGUGAAAAGCCUACAUUUGAUCAAAUAAUAAGGAAAGCUGAAAGCUUGCACAUUAUGGGAAACGAUUUGUACAAAAAAAAACGCUGUGAGUGCAGCAAUAUCAAAGUAAGUUUAUAUCGAAAGGCAUCGUCAAUUCUUAACAGCAUGAAUUUGGCUAAUGAAGAAGAACAAAAGAAACAGCAGAAGCUACUCUGCAAGUUGCAUAUAAAUUCAGCAAUAUGUUACAACAGGAUCAAUAACUAUAGAAUGGCAUGUGUUACUUGCCGACUGGCUCUUGAUAUUCAGCCAAGGAAUGCCAAAGCACUUUUCAACUAUGGGCGAGCAUUGAUAGGCUUAGGAGAUUACAACCAAGCAAAAUCUUUCUUGACGAGAGCACAGAGGGAAGAAAGAAAUAACAGAGAAAUCAAUGAAGAACUGGAAAAGCUGGACAAGAAGAUGAGGGCUUACAAGAAUGAUAUGUCUGCCAUAUCCAAGAGAAUGUUCAGCAUGGAGCUGUCACAAAAAGAUAAUAAACCUGAGGGCAAAGAAAACUACAGUAUUUCUGCAUUUGCAAAUGAUGUGAAAAAAUGGCUUGAUUCAUUUGUUAAACAACCAAAUGUUCAAACUCUGCCAUUGCCAAGUGGCAUGACACAUGAAGAGGUGGCAGCAUUCAAAACUGAAGCAGAAAAGCGUGGGCUUCAGUGGCAAGUGUCAUUCACCAAAGGGCAACGGCAAAUUUAUGUUGUGAAACCUCCUCCUCAGUGAUUCCCAUAUCUGGCAAUUGGCCUUGCUUGGAAAUGAAAUUAAAGACCAUUACUAUUAGCUUACAAACACUGAAAUAGAUGGGCUGUGAAGUACAAGAGUUCUCUUUAGUUUUGUUCAGUGGGUUCAGUGUUGCAGUAUGCACUCUGAAAAAGAAUUGUAAUGUUCAUGGAGAAUGUAACUUAUUUUGUAUCUCCUUUAUUUAAUUUAUAAUUUGUAUGCAAGCAGCAAUUCUGAAUACCUAUGGUUUUUUUUAUCUACUUCAUCUGUGUACAACAGAGGUUUUGGUGUCAUACUCAGAGGUUCAAAAUAACUGUUCAAAGUUUCCAUCUCCCUGUGUUACUGUUGAUUUAUUUUUUAAUCAAUAUUGGAAUAGAUUUUCAUGUUAAAUUGUUUUUGUAGCUGCUAUUCAGAGAAUCAUUUCUACUAAAAAUGUAGUCUGUACAGUUUUUCAUGCUAGCUCGGCACUCUAGUCAUCCAUCAGCAAACGUGUGGAGAUUAUGGCAUAUUCUACCUGUGUCAGCAGAUACCAUCCUUUGUGGUCAACCAUCAUUUCAGCAGAUGAGUAGACCCUGUGCCAUUGUUCAUUCUUUUUAUUUUUAGUCAAGGUAUUUUGUGAAAACAUGAUUGCUAUGUAGAAAUAUAUGAGAUUAUUUUCUGCUGUUAUUUUAAAAAGCAGUUUAAGCUUCAGUUAUAUGAAAUAUUAAAAAAUUCAUUGUUUCUAAUGUCAUUGCAGUACUUGGUAACACUGCAUGGGGAAGCUGGAGAUUUACUUUUUUUUUUUUUUUUAAUUGGUCAAGAAACAUAUUAGUUAUGUUCAUAAAGAGUCUAGUCUUUCUCAUCAUUUGUGGGUUUUUAUAUGUUUAAAUAUUGAUCUGCACACAUUUGUUUUCCUCUGGUCAUUAUUACACUAUUUAUAGUAAUGGCCUUCAUUGUGAUGCUCAUUCCAACUUAAUGGCGUAUACUUCCUAACGGGAGAUCCAACUAGUACCACCAAAACACUUUCAUUGGUGACUCAGGUGUCCUAUGCAAGAGCCCACUAGGCAUCCAUAGAUACUGCAAGGGUGUAUCACCCUGAAAGAGGGGUUUGUCAUUGGUGCUUGUCUACAUGAUUGUUUCAAAACUAAGUCGUUGAGCAGCCAAGUAUUGUCAUGGAACUUGUUGCUGUCUUUGACAAGUUUCCAGAAUGUGCUGCAGUCUUCAUUGAGCCCCUUUCAUUUGUUGCAGUCUAUAUUAAAAGUUUUCAUAUUGUGCUUGAUGCACUCUUUCAGGCACAGUGCAGAUCUUCUAGGUGGCCUCUUGGUAAGUGAUAUCUUAGCAGUGAGUGUAAGGGAAGACGUGAGUGGUCCACAUGAUGCAAGUGUCCUAGUCACAACAUGCAUUGUUCCUUGAGGUGGCGAUGAUAUCUAGUAUCUUCAAAGUAUUAAAGAUUGUCUCAUUUGUCACAUGAUCCCUCCAUGUUAUGCAUAGAAUAUUUUGUAAGGAGAGCAAAUGUAAGAUGUUGAGCUUACAUUCUUGGAUGGAAUGUAACAGUAUUAUGAGAAGGAAAGUUACUACUAACCAUAUUGUGGAGAUGCUAAGUCGCAGAUAGGCACAACAAAAAAACUCUCACAAUUAAAGCUUUCGGCCAUUGAGGUCUUCGUCAUCACUACACACACACACACACACACACACACACACACACAAAACUGAAGCCACACUUCUUGUUAAGCAUAUAAUAUACAAGCCAUACACAGGGAUGCUCAGCACACAUACUGGAUAGACUAGUAUGUUUGUGGGCACCAUAUGGAGCUUGUUGCCCUAUAUUCUUAUGUGGAGUCCCUUGAAUGUAUUUGCUGCUUUGCCAGUUCUUGCAUUUAUUUCGUCCUCCAGAGAGAGACCUCCAACACCAGUGAGCCAACGUAGCAGACUUUGUCACCUACAUUCAACAGGGAGUCGCCCAAUUUUGUGGUAGGCAUAGCCAUGUAUCCUUGCAUCACUCUCAAGACUUCUUUACAUUCAUGUACACUCACUUGUACACAAUAGCAGAUUUGUCCAUAAACCUUUGAAAGUCAUCUUGAGUUAGUGCUACAAAUGCUGUAUCGUCUGUGAAUAAAAGGUUACAUACAGGUAAGUCCUCGCAAUAGUGGUUAGGUCGAAAUAGCAACAUCUUUUAAAGUUUCCCAUCAGCACUGGUUUGUAGAUGGAUAUCCAGGUUUGUUUCACCAAAAGCAAGCUCAAGAAGUAGUGAGAAGAAUAUACAAACAUGGCAGGGGCCAGUAUGCAACCUUGACCAACUUCUCUUUGCACAGCAAACAGAUCAGAUGUGCUUCCAUCAAAUAUUACAGUGCCCUAUAUACCAUUGUGAAAGCCCUGUCAUCUUCAGAAGAUUUGGAGGACACAAUACCUUCACUAGUAAAAUGACCUUGUCAAUUGUUUUAUGUAGAUCGAUGAAAACAAUGAACAGUGGGAUCUUCUGCUCACAACACGUUUCUUGAAUUUGUUGCAAUGUGAAGAUAUUAUCACAUCACUGAGCUUGAAACCCACAUUUUGAUACCUAAGUGUAGCCCACCAAUGUUCCCUGCAGUGACACACACCUGUAUAUUUGUGCAAAGUUCCUCCCAUUACCAUGUUAAUGCAGUUUCUAAGUGUCAGGCAACUUUCACCUGGCACUCAAACCCUUGCAGUGUUACUCACAAGAUUUAAACAAAACAAAGGCACUUGCUCAGUGAACUUUCAUUUAAAAUAGCCCAAAACUUAACCUGAAAUGAAAAACUGCCAAAAACUGUUUAUAUUUUUAUAAAAAUUAAGUUUGUAAGAAACAAUGUGUUUAUAUUUGACAAAUGUGUAACAUACCAUGUUUUGGUAUAUUUUUCUAAAUACAUCAGCAUAAUAAUUUGUUUAUCUUUGUUACUAUAACUUGCCUAUCACUCAUCUCAAAUAUGAUCCUAAUUUUAAACCCAGCCCUCAGUGUCACAAUUCUAUUCUCACAUUUCUUCACUGGAGUGUACAAAAGUCAUGUUGGAGAAUGGCGUGUUCACUGUCAGAUUACUUUUAUUAAGCAGUGCCUUUUUACUAGCACUGCACAAUUUUUAAUGUGAAAUGUUUCUUGUUAAUUGUGAAGAGUUAUCCAACAAGAAAAUUUUUGUUGUGCUUUAUGCGUAACGGUGAUGGCAUGCAAGAUUAUGUUCUGCUGGUUGCAUUCAUUACUGGAAUCCAUUCCAAUACCAUAAGGCUUGGAGGAAAUUUCAUUUUGUUGUAUAAUUUAGCAUUAGUAUGUCACAUAUUUUAGUCUUGUAAACUUUUGUCUCAAAGGCGUACAGUUUCAGUGUUACGGGUGGUUUCAUACUGGAAAGGCACAAAUUGUUGGAACAAAAUGAAACAUCUGCUCAUUCAAUACCUCAUUAUUCAGGCAUAUCAGAUUUCUUUCACGGAUGUUGCAUGUAGGAGCCCAUGCA